UAGAGGCACUCCUCUUCAACAUAUCUGUCAGUGCUGCUGAGAUCUGAGAGGAUUACGGGCCUCUUGUCUUUCUCCCGACCCCCGCUCAUCCUCGCUCACCUACUGGUCGCCACACUUGCAGGGGGGGUUCUCUCUCUCUGUUUAGUCUGCGAUGGUGCUACUCUGCCUAACCCCACUCAAGAUGCUGCCCAUACCAAAGGCCCUAUAACAGACACCGUGGCAGUGUCAGCACUAUCAGAGCCUGGCUCUGAGACAGAAAACACCUCACUGUCUACUGAUGUCCCUACUGUUGUCCCGGUGGAGGAAGAGGGCCUUGUGGUGGAGGAGGGAGUUAUGGAGGAAGGGGGCCUUGUGGUGCAACAGCAGCCCGAGAAAGAGAAGGCAAUGUCGGGAGACGAUGUGGUCUUCUCCUGCUUGCCAUCUGGAUGUGACCCAGAGGGGAUGGGGGUGCAGUGGGUGGUCCAUGGGCACAAGGAGAGGCACACCAUACUGGAGGGCAACCAGACUGGACAGGCACACCAUACUGGAGGGCAACCAGAUUGGACAGGCACACCAUACUGGAGGGCAACCAGACUGGAAAGGCACACCAUACUGGAGGGCAACCAGACUGGGCAUGCACACCAUACUGGAGGGCAACCAGACUGGACAGGCACACCAUACUGGAGGGCAAACAGACUGGAAAGGCACACGAUACUGGAGGGCAACCAGACGUCUGAUGAUGCGUUUGCAGGCUGGGCAUUCCUCUCCGGGAACCCCACUGCUGGGGACUCAUCCAUGAUGUUGAGGAACGUAUCGAGAGUGGACUGCGGCGUUUACCACUGUCUCCUCAUUCCCCGUAUAUGGCACCACUGUGGAUGGGAGUGGGACCCAGCUCAGCAUCCACAAGGAACUGGGACAGUACUGAAUGCUAGUGUGCUGCUUGAGGAUACAAACUCAGCAGUGUAAAAACACAUGUAGCCAGACGAAACAGAGUAACAGAGUAAACUAUCUGGAUAUGUAUAAAUAGAACUGUCUUGACACAAACCAGUUCAAAGCACAUUGAUAUGAGUACCAUAUAUGGCAUUUGGCACAAUUCUAGAGUAGUCUUUGUUGUUGUUCAGUUUGAUUCUCACCAGGUCUCCCUCCAUAGGUCAGAAUGGUGGGCAUCAUCACGGCAGUAGUUGGUGUGGUGGAGGGUCUUUGCGCUGGGACAUUGACGCAGUUCAAAGAGAAGCUGCCAUGCCUGAAGAAGUGAGAAGGUGCUCUUGUCAGGUGAGAGAGUGAACUGUGGGUAUGUAUCCAUGUGAGGGGAGGAAACCCCCGAAAAGAACGCGUCAGGUAGAAUAAGAUAAUAUACUGUAUGAUAUUUAGCAGACACUUUUAUCCAAAGCAACAAACAGUCAUAUAUGUUUUACUUAUGGGUGGCCCCAGCAGGAAUCGGACCCCCGGCCCUUUGCAUUGCUAGCACCGUGCGCUACUGGCAGCAUACCACCCUGCAUACCACUGCUGGCUUGCUUCUGAAGCUAAGCAGGGUUGGUCCUGGUC